CGUGUUCCGCAGUAUCAUUUGAACACAAAAUACCCGCAAGCUUCCUGCUUCCGCAGUGUCGCCUUAUCUCCUUCGCCGAGCAAAACCCAUCCAUGCGCUAAAACCCUAAUCCCGAUGCUGCCAUCCCUCAGCAAUUCGCAUCUCCCUCCUCCUAAGAUCGCGGCUUUAGACCAUCCGCAUGCCUUCCCUCAUCGCUCGCUUCCGAUUACGCCCGCUUCCCACGCCGCCGAAGACGACCGCUUCCGCGCGCUAGCCUUGAAGAAGUCGGGUUUCCUCUCGGUAAUUGAUCGGGCGAUGAACGAGGAAGAGGUGUAUCGGAGGGCGAGAGCGGAGGUUCAGCGGAAGGGGUUGGAAGUGGAAGGUUACUCGAUCGAGGGGAUCUCCGUCGGCGGCCAUGAGACGUGCGUCAUGGUCCCUAGCAUGAACCUUUCCUUUGACAUUGGGAGAUGCCCGGCCAAGGCUGUGCAUCAGGAUUUCUUGUUCAUCACUCAUGCUCACCUCGAUCACAUUGGUGGUCUUCCAAUGUAUUUAGCAACUCGUGGCCUUUACAACUUGAAACCUCCUACAGUAUUUGUACCACCAUGCAUCAAAGAUGAUGUACAGAAGUUACUUGAUGUUCAUAGAGGGAUGAGCCAAGUAGAAUUGAAGCUUGAUUUAGUUGCAUUAGAUGUGGGAGAGACAUAUGAGAUACGCAAUGAUCUUGUUGCUAGACCAUUCAGAACUCACCAUGUUAUUCCCAGCCAGGGAUACGUCAUUUAUUCAGUGAGAAAUAAGCUGAGAAAACAGUAUGCUCACUUAAAAGGGCCCCAGAUAAAAAAGCUGAAAGAUUCUGGUGUUGAGAUCACAGAUAUUAUAUUGUCUCCGGAGGUUGCUUUCACAGGUAAUCUGAUUUCAUUCUUGAUCCAUGAAAGUAAUGCAGAUGAUCCCAAAAUUCUAAUAACGCAGGCAACUUUCUUAGAUGAUGAAAAUGAUAUUGAACAUGCACGCGAACAUGGCCACUUGCAUUUGCUUGAGAUCAUGGAGCAUGCAAAGUGGUUUCGCAACAAGGCCAUCCUGCUAACACACUUCUCAUCUCGAUACAAGAUUGAGGAUAUUCGCAAAGCGAUUGCCAAGUUACAACCAAAAUUGUCUCCAAAAGUCGUCGCCCUCACGGAGGGUUUCCGAUCUGCAUAUUAGUGAUUCCCAUUGUUUGUUUAGAGAUUUUUGUUAAUUUACUGCAAGAGUAGGUUGGUGGAAAGUUUGUGAAUCUAUGGAAACAUUGCGUUUAGUUGUCUUUAUAGGCAUGCCAUAAGCAAUUUGUUGCCAUGUAAGACAUUAUGACUCAAACCAGUGCAAACUUUCCUGGAUCUUUGGCUAAGAUUCAUGUUUGAUAUGAAUUCAGACGACUUUAUAUUGAUUA